UACUUUUUGGGGGCGGUGCUAAGGUCGCUGUUGUCACUAGUAACAACAAUAAACUGCAUGGAUUAAGUCAAACAUCAUGAGAGUUGUUUGAAGAGGCACUGAAAUGUGCAACUUGAAAUUAAUGUAGGGGUAGAUCUUAUUACAAAUAACCAUUUAUAUUUAGAUGAUUGAAUAAUUGCCAUAUUAAAAGACAUGUAUGUACAUGUAAAUAUAUAAAGAUAUAUCAAAUAUAUGAAUAAACAAUUUAUAGUUGGUUGUUAUACAAGAUUAAAAUAUUAAGGAAAACAUCCCUUGGCUUUAAUCAAAAUUUCAGUGUGUUUGGGCAUACUAAAAAGUAAGGAGAAAUAACAGGAAAAUAUCUAUUAUUUUUUAAGAUGGCUCGAACCAAUUUUGCAAAUAUCAAAUUUUGGGAAGACAGUAUUGCAAAGGAACAAACUUUACGUCUCGCUUGGCAUCGAAAAAGACGACAGGAUGAGCUAACGAAAGUGAAAGAAACAGAAAAAUGCCAAGCAAGUGAUAUGCUUCGCAAAAAACUUAUGUUCGCUACUGGUGAUCCGAAUUUAGAAAAGAAGACAGAAGAAGCAGUUGCCAAAAAAGCCGAGACAAAACCACAGGAAGAAACUCCGGAAUUAGAAACAAAACAAUUUGAAUUAAUGUUACCAAUCGAUAAAGAAACAAAAGAUAUUUUGUAUGAUGGGGUGUCGAGAGACGGUAAAGGGCGUGCAAAAUAUCUGAAGCAAAGGUAUAUUGAAAAUCCAGAGGACAAAUUUAUUUUUCCUCCAACGUCAGGUAUGGAAUAUGGUUGGAACAUUGCAGAACUCUCCAAAAGUUUUAAUAUCAACAAAUCAUUACAUGGACACAGGUGUAUAUUAAGGGAUACCUUUUAUCGGAAGAAUGGCAUUCCGAUGUCAUACGAUUCCUGACUUAAGAAAUUGCGCAAAAGAAUUUUUUUUCUUAGGGGUAUAUUUUUCUAUAAAUCCGUGAGAGUGACGUUCCAUCUACAUUCCUGUUUCCAAAUUUCAAUACCAAUCCUACGACAGUACUUAAUCAUCUAAAAGGAGUUUUAGAAUAAAAAAUGAACAUUUGCUAUACUUUAUUAAAGUUUCAAAAGAAGGAUAA